CGCAAAAGAGUAAGAGUAGAGAAGAAAAAUGGUAGGCUCUAACUGCCUUUACUCUUCUCUAGCUCGAGGUAUGAAUCAAUAAUAUCAUUUCAUUUUGCUUCGAAGCCCUGUGAUUCCCAACGCGCACAUUCACACAAUGUGCAAUGACAACUAAGUCAUUGAUUGACUAAAUGCAGAAGAAAUUAAUAUUUUUGAUUAGAACACCACCAACACCGCUCCGUCGAUUGCUCAUAAUAAAGAAGGGAUCAUAAUCCUUCCCAUUUCCGACAAGAAUGCUCUGUUUUCCGCCGAUCUAGCUCGGAUUUGGCUCUGGCGCAACAGUGAAACUGACAUUCUGCAUUGUGAUGGAAGAAUACCUGUUCAAAAUAGUGGUGAUCGGGGACUCUGCAGUGGGGAAAUCGAAUCUGCUGUCCAGGUAUUCUCGGAAUGAAUUUAAUCCUAACUCAAAGGCAACCAUUGGUGUGGAGUUUCAGACCCAGAUCAUGGAAAUUGACGGAAAGGAGAUCAAAGCUCAGAUUUGGGACACUGCAGGCCAGGAAAGGUUCCGAGCUGUUACUUCAGCUUAUUACAGGGGAGCCGUGGGGGCCCUCAUUGUUUAUGAUAUUAGCCGCAGGCUUACGUUUGAGAAUGUUGCACGAUGGCUUGAAGAGCUUAAGAUGCACACUGAUACCAACGUGGUGAGAAUGCUUGUGGGAAACAAAUGUGAUUUGGAACAUAUUAGAGAAGUGUCAGUGGAAGAUGGGAAGAACCUUGCCGAAGCAGAGGGGCUUUUUUUCAUAGAGACCUCUGCUUUGGAUAACACAAAUGUCAUGUCCGCCUUCCAGAUUGUGGUUAGAGAGGUUUACAAUAGUGUGAGUAGAAAAGUGUUGAACUCUGACUCCUAUAAAUCUGAAUUGUCCUUGGACAGGAUUAAAAUUAUUGAUGGCGAUGAUGCUUCCAAGUCAAAGUACUUAUGCUGCUGAAGAGUUUUCUUUUCUUUUUCCCUUCCAUUUUUUUUUUGUUGGGUUUCACUUGGUGCACUUCAGAAUCUUGGAUCAUAAAAAUCUCUUUGGUUCUUUGUUCAUGGGGUUCUCAAGUAGAUAUAUUGUUUAUUUAGGCAGUCAAUUGUAUAAGAGUUUUUUUUCAGUUUAGAAGCAGCCAAAGAAGACUUGGUGGAAAUCUGUAACUGGGCUUCUUACGAUAAUGGGUUGUAGCUGCUAUAAGCAGAGAGCAGAAUAAUCCUGAAUGAAUUCAAAGCAUUGUAUUGUAGUCUCUUUUUUGUUAAUUUGAUUUCAUGGUAUUAUAAAACAUUGAGGCCAUGUGGAUGGAACUUUGAAGAA